CUCGCGGUGAGUCAGUUAGUUGCGCGGAGGCCGCCGCCGUUGUCAGACAUGCAGUGAAAUGCGACUAUUGUUGCUGCUGUGCGUACUUAGCUGCGCGGCGGCCACUGAGGAUGAGCGGCCGAACUACCCCAGUUCGAUCCACGAGAUGGUCAAAGCUCAUUUGGCGGCAAGCAGGCGUUCACGGACAACCAAAGGCCACUGGGGGCCUUGGUCCGGCUGGACGGAAUGUUCCUCAAGUUGCGGGGGCGGUGUCAGGUCGCAGACCAGGCAAUGCCUGCCAGGUCCUCUCAAACCCACCACGGGCCGUCGCCGCAGCAAGCAGCACCACGGCUGUCUGGGCCUGUAUCGCCGCUACCACGUGUGCAACACCCAGCAACUCUGUCCCGCCGGCACCGACCUGAGGGAGGCUCAGUGCGCCACCUUCGACCCGCGACCUUUUGGCGGCCGCGUAUUUCAAUGGAAACCUUUCUUGGACGCUCCUAAUCAGUGCCAGCUGAACUGCCGGGCCGAAGGGCAGCGUUUCUACGCGACCCUCAACCAGAGCGUGGUGGACGGCACCGCCUGCCGGCCGCCGCAGGGGCCGACGGGGCGGCCAGUGGCCACGGAGCGGUGGGUGUGCGUCUCAGGAGAGUGCAAGCACGUGGGCUGCGAUGGGGUGGUUGGAUCUGAGCGGCGGUGGGACGCUUGCGGCGAGUGCGGGGGACGCAACACUUCGUGCCGCAUUGUCUCGGGCAUCUUCUCGAACCACGCCAAUCUGCAGGUCGGCGUUUUGAGCAACAUCCUCACCCUGCCGCGCGGCGCCUGCAACAUCAGUGCUGUCCAGGCCGCACCUUCCACCAGCCGAUUAGUCUUAAGAAGAACCGCCACAGCCCAGCCAAUUUCCUUUGAAUCUGCCGCCUUCAACCACCAUCCCGCAGAAGGAACCAGAGGCGAAUUCCUCACAGCCCGAGGCCCUCUUCUGGAGGCAGUUGACCUCGCCCUCCUCUACGGAGGAGGUCCGUUGGGUGUCCGCUACCAGUUCGGCCUGCCGACCAACGAAGUGGUACAGCAGGACGACGCCUCCGCCCUGCGACCGCGACGCAGACCCCGCAAGUUCUCCUGGCACAUGGUGGCCGCGUCAGAGUGUUCCAAGUCUUGCGGUGGUGGCGUCCAGGCGGUCAAAUUCGUUUGCACGCGCGAGGGAGGCGGCCACGUUCCUGAGAAGAGGUGCAGCCACCUGGAGAGGCCGACGGCCAGAAGCAUGAAGUGCAACGUGCGGCCGUGUCCUGCCGAAUGGGAGUAUGGGCCGUGGGGACCUUGUUCGGCCUCCUGUGGUCCGGGCACUCAGGCGCGAACCGUCGCUUGCAGGCAACACAUCUCGGCCACAAUGACAAACAUGAAGGUCAAUGAAGCUGCUUGCCUGGGGCAACGAGAACCUCGCACGCAACCCUGCAACCAGGGCCCCUGCGACGGCCCUCGGUCCACUGACGUCUUCGACGGUCCCUCUGACAGUCCUCAGGGCCACUGGCUGACCACGGUGUGGAGCGAGGGCUGCGCGUGCGGCUCCGGUCUGCAAACGCGUCGCGUCGCCUGCUCCACCCUGACCUGUGACCCUGCCCAAAGACCUUCGGAGACGCGCCCGUGUGCCAGGGCAUGUCGCGAGGCCCAGUGGUUCACAGGCCCGUGGAGCCAGUGUUCGGCCCACUGCGGCCCAGGCCGGCAGUCGAGGCCCGUUUUGUGCUUGAAGGCCAAGGCGGCCGUUGACGAGGAGCAUUGCGCGGCCCACGACAAGCCACUGGCCGAGAGGGCGUGCGAGGAGCGACCGUGCGGAGGUCAGUGGUUCGCCAGCGAGUGGGGCGCCUGCGAGGAAGAUUGCGGGCCUCAGAGUCGGGAGGUCAGGUGUCUGGAUGAGGCGGCCAAAGCGGCUGAAGACUGCGCCAACGACGAAAGACCGGCGGCUAGGCGGCCGUGCUCUUCUUGCUCCAAAUCAGCGCUGGAGCAGAACUUGGUGAGCAGCGAUUUGCCUCGCGCCCAGUUGCUGGCACGCUCGGAGCCCGAGGUGGAAAAUUGUAAAGACGCGCUGCGCGACUGCGGGCUGGUCUUGCGCGCGCGUCUCUGCGGCAAUCGCUACUACCGCACGCGCUGCUGCGUGACCUGCUCGAGGGUGACACCGUGACCUCGUCGCUUACGUCGGACUGACCGAAAAUGAAGGACGAGAUUGCCUGUGAAAAAGUGUGCGAGAGAGAGUGAGUGAAAGAUCCGUCAGUGUCUCCUAUUUACGCAGUAUAAUCACGACGAGUUUAAUUUAAAAGUAAAGUUAAUGGAAAUCUUAUUAUUAUAUUUGAACGUACAUAGACACACCACAUAAAAUAAUAAUAAUAAUAACGUAUUCGUGUAAUAAAGCAGACUGAUCAGCCUAAUUUACAAUCUCGCGUCCAUUUAUUUCGCAUUAGCCGCGCUUAUCAUCGGGGGCCAUUACCGAUCGAGACUUGCUUAGCUUAAAAGCAUCUCACGCGAUAAAAGCCCACGCACUUUAAUGUACCAGCCAAUAAAUCCGCACCGAUCUGGACAAAAAGCGCCUUUGA